CAAGUAUCAAGUGUACGCGAACUGUUAGUUGCAGUUAUUGAAGUCGUUGGGGGGGGGGGGGGUUAUGUCCCUUUACACUUUUGUUCUAGAAGUUGAAGAAUAAAGGUCACGUUGUAAACAGGAUUAUAUCUUUAAAUUAAGGGAAAACAUGGGAGUAGAUAUCCAAACACAUCGCCGUAGAAUCGGAUCAUUCUGUAUCAAGAAUAGUUUCAGAAGCUCUGGCGGCUUGACGGGGUGCAAACCUGAGGAGGCAAAUGAUAAAUCACUACUUAUGGUCGUGCAUGUAUUAUUGAUGACGUUUCGAAAUGAAAUGUUUUACUUGAAGAGUGGUCUAACAAGCACUUUUCCGAAAGAUAUUGCAGAAUUCAGAGAAUCUGUAAAAGAGUUGCUGUCAAACAAUUCUACUAUACAACACUGCAACAAUCAAGUAUUUGGUCAUGAUAUGUCUCAGGUGUUGCUGAAAUAUACAUAUGUGAACAGAAGCUUGUUUGAUACAGCGACAAUGCGACAUUUCUGCUCGGACACUCAUACUGAAGACAACGCUACAAUUUUAAACGAAAGACUUCAUACUUUUCGCGUUGCAGAGGAGAAUACGUUUUUGUAUGAAUGUAUCAAUCGGACGCCAUUGAGCAUCAUACAGACUCAUUUACUGAUGUCUGGUUUAGAACUUAAUCCUGGCCCAAUACCCUCUAUACCUAGAGGAGGGUGUUAUCUCGAAGGGAAGAGGAACAUAUCAAAUUCGUCAACGCCUGACUGCACUAAAGAUUCCCAUAGUGGGAAAGCUAUACCGUGUAUUGGUUCUGAUGAAGCCGAUAGUUUUUGGGGCACACAUAUUUUCAAAAUGGAUCUAAGUGAUGACACACAGAGCGGUUUGCGCAACAAGAAUACUAAGAGAGCUAAACACUUUGCUAUCAGUCGGAUACUCGAUGAAUUUUGCACAUUCGGCGAAUAUUGUCAAUUGAAAACGCCACCUCUGUUUUACCUUUGGAAAAGAAAUGCAUUUGUGGUGUUACCGUCAGCCUCAUGGUGGAAAGAACUGGAAAGAACAUUUACUGUCGUUGAUGUUUAUCCAGCUGCUUUUCUCGCCUUCAGAAAUGAGUUUAGGCAAUCGUUCGUAUGUCGAGAUGGACAUAAGCUUUCGUUUUUAAAUAAACUCAUAUUACAUAGACAUGUCGCUUCAAUCAACUUCUAUGAUAUAACUGUGACGAACCCGUUCGGCGGCUUUCAUGGCACAAGCGGCAAUCGAAACAGUAGGCAUAUUUUUCCAGACACGAACGAGAAACAUACUUAUCCUUUAAAUGAAUCGGCUGAUCAAGAUAAAUACCCAACACAAGUUUCAGAAGAUGAUAUAUUAUUUACCGAAGGGACACAGACGGAAUUAGUUCGAGACGAAAAUACAGAAAGGCCUAAUCCCAUGUCAUCUGAUGUGUUGGUGUAUAACGCAACGGUACAUAAUGACAAUCGUUGGGAGAGUCUACCCACAAUACAUACGGAUUCCGUAAAUAGUGUUCGAGAAAUCCGAAACUCCAGCAACCGUUUGGAUCGAAUGGAGUUGAAUCAUUUAGCCAUAAAUGGUUAUCAAAAUGCUAGUGUUGGAAACAGCUCAAAUGACAGAUUGUUUUCAAACGGGAACUCUAGAAGUUUGAAUACAGCAACUUAUUUACAAAAACACUAUCCGGGGGCAAGAUAUCCUGAUUACGAAAACGCGAUUACAAGGAGGGAGACAUAUCGAGGCUGGCAAUUAGCUCAACCAAAUCCAGACACCCUUUGUUCCGCCGGUUUUUUCUUUACUGGUCAGAACUACGACCUCGUGCGGUGUUUCUGCUGUGGUAUAGGACUGAAAGACUUCACAGACACGGAUAGUCCAAUGCUGGAACACGUGAAACACUCUGCUAACUGUCCAUUUAUGCUUGACCACUUUGGAAGUCGCGAAGCCAUUGAACAGUAUAAGCAGAGACACUUACGUCCAGAUCCAGAAGAAAUCAGACAAAGGCAACGUCAGCUAUAUCAGCAACAACAAGGUCGCCCGAUAUCAAACUACAGAGCCAAGCACGAGCGGUUCCGGUCGCUGUCAGCUCGCUUAGAUACGUUCACAAACUGGCCUCCAUAUUUAUCCCAGAGACCAGAGCAGCUGGCAGAAGCAGGGAUGUAUUACACAGGUGUUGAUGACCAUUGCCGCUGCUUUGCCUGUGACGGCGGCUUAAGGAAAUGGGAACCAGGAGAUGAUCCCUGGAUAGAACACUGCAGAUGGUUUCCGGCCUGUCCAUAUGCACGCGAAGUAAAAGGGGACGAAUUUAUCGACCUUGUUCAAUUGUCAGCAGAUCAGGCAGCAGCAGAACACGCAUCUAAUCAGCAAGAUGAAGUGAAUGGGGCUAUGGCUGCAUUGAAUGUGGACGACAGAAUUGUUCAACAGAUUGUUAAUACAAAUCAAACCAUACUUACACGCGACAUGGGUUUUCCUUUUGAAGAUGUCAGGAAGGCUGUUCUAGAACUUGUACAACAAGGAAACAGCGAACCCAAUAUGGAUGAUAUUGUUUUGCGUCUUGAGAUAAUAAAGGAGAGGACACACAUCGGUGAACUUUUUCACAUACAAGAAUCAACAACUCAGCCAAAUACAAAUACAUUAUUAGAACAAAACCAACGUUUAAAAGACAUUCUAAUGUGUCACAUAUGCCACAAAAACCAAGCGAAUGCAUUGUUUCUACCUUGCACCCAUCACAAGUACUGCUUGGAGUGUACACAGCAUAGCGAUAUGUGUCCAGAUUGUGGGAGACCGAUAAAACAACGCAUUCGUACAUAUAUGGGGUAAAACCAUGACUACUACGUUUUAGACUGCACAAUUUAAUAUAUGUCUAGACAUUUGCAAACCGACUAAAGAACGGAUUCGUACGUACGAACAUAAAAACAUGUCAAAUAUGGAAACAUAUUUCGCUUUGUUUGUUUGCGCAUAAUUCAUUCAUUAAUUUUUGCUUGAACUUAUACAGGUCAAGUCAUGAGUAAAUUAGUAUACGACGAUGUGUGUUUGCCAAUCCAUUUUAUUCAAUGUUACAAGCAUAUAAAUUACAUUAUUCAACAGAUUAUCAAUCUACAUAAUAUGAAGAAAAUCGAAUACUACCUGUUUCGGAUUGUUUGUCCGAAUGAAGCUAUUAUUUGCCAAGCUUUAUAUGUCAUUGACUAGUUUAUUGAAUAAAGCUUAUAUUGUAAAUCGAAGUAAUACUUUAAUUGACGUAUUAUUUCAUUUUAACGUUUUAAAAUUGUGUGCUUUUUGACACAGUUUUAUACAGGUAAAUCAGUAUGAGCUCGUUAUGCAAACAGUGUGUUUAUACCAUCAUGCCAUUUUAAAUUAACCCUCUAGAAAGCCAGUGCUAUAUUGGAUAUUGUUUUUGUCUUUCUAAAACAUGUUUACGUAUUGACAUUCUUAAAACAUGUAUUGAGGUUUGGUUCUGCAAGCAGAACGCAAGUUUGACACAAAGCCACCAUAUUUAAUUUAAUAUGAAUACUUUGAAUUAUUGUGCAACUUAAUUUAUUAUAUAUGUUUAACUGUACGAUCAUUAUUUUUUAAAUCUAUAUUUGCAUCGUUAAGUUCGAUUUGCCAUUUAUUUAUUUGUUUUACUUAAAUCGUUCAAUUGAUAUUGGUCAUAAAUAACACAGUUUGACUGAUUUUGUUAAUAGGGCACACGCGCUUCUUUUUAUUUUGCUGUACUCAUCGUCUCAAUUAAAUAGGAAUGCACGUUACCAACGUGUUAUUUUUUUGACAAACCUAUUUUGAUUACACCAUCUUAGAGAUAAAUAAUUUCUGUGAAAGCAUUGUAUUGUUUGGUUCUGUAGUCAAAUACGUUUUCGGAAAAUUUUAUAUAUUUUUCAAACAGCGAUUCUAAGACAGCCAUUUUUUAAAUGGAAUGAGGAUUAUAUUUUCAGAAAAAUAGAUUUUAUUCUAUGAUAUUUUUUACGUAGUUGGGGUUUUAAUUGAUUUAAAUAUGUAUUUUCUUCCAAAAUCAUGAGGUAUGUUGUUGUAGAGUUUAAUUAAUUUAAUUCUGUUUGAAACGUGCUUCAACCAAUUUUGAGUAUCGAUUAAUUUGUCAAUAGCAAUUGUUUUAUUAUAGUACACAUGAAUAACUUUAAAUUUAAAUGCCAACAUGAUCUAUUACAAUGAUAGUUUGUGCGUUUACUUAAUUGCAGAAUUUUAAGCUGUUUAACACUCUAAUUUUCGACGUCAUGUUACAUUACAUACAAAUGUUCGAUGAUUGAAAGACAGCGGGACUAACAAUAUUUUUUGCAUGGAUAGAAUGGUAAGCAAAUAUAAGAGAAAUGCGUAACAUAAAUGAAAAAAAAAACUUGUCAAUUUCUUUCAUUUUUCGAAUAUAUGUAGUUAUGCAAAUUUAACGGAUAUUGGUAGGCAUCGUUUCGUUAUUUACCAAGAUGUAACGAGCGACAGUUGCUUGGCUAUGUAACUACAUUAAACAUUUUGAUGUUUGAAACAAUGUUCGUCGUUUUUAUAUUAUCACAUGUAAUGCAUACAGUGCUGAAUCACACUGAUUUUCGUUAUAUGUUCCGUUUCCUCUAUACGAAUGUGUAAUUAAAUAUUUUCGCAUAAUUUUAAAACGAAAAAAUGCACGCAUUGCUGCCCAUAUAAAACAAAUGCUGACUUACACCUUAUGUCUAGAUUUUGUUGCAAGAUUUGAAAUUACAAGAAUGUUCAUACAUUUACCGAAAUAUAUAAUGAGUUGGGGGUCUACGCACUCGGUAUGCAGUUUUUAGACGUUUUUAUAACUUUUUGCGUUGGAUACAUUUUGUUAUGUCAUACCGGAACUGUUACAUGUUUUUAUGUUAAUUUGUUGUACGCGUUUGUGUCUUGUUAGACAGUUUUAAGUAUUGAAGCUACUGCAAUGGAGGUUACUAACUUAAUUUGCGAUGUCUAUAAUAAUGACGAGUUGCUGUCCUGUUAGAGGGUUAUCCACUAGGCGAAAAGGUUUCAGCUCCAACUCCCUGGAGAAUGCGAGUUUGUUUAGUUGCCUUCAUACUGUACAUGUACGAUUUCCCCAGGAAAGAGAAUAAUAAUUUAGCGUCAAUUAACGUGUUACCGAUAUGAACGUCACCAAUAUCGUGCGGGGUUAAUGAUACUCGCAAUACAUAGUCUGUUACGCCAUAUGGCUGAGAGAGAUCAAGCUCGGACAGAAUUUAAGAGCUCAGUGAUGUAAAUAUGUUCAAGACUGAUUAUCGGUUGUUGGUAAUACAACUACCAUUUAAAUUGAAUGCUAUUAAAGGUAAGAACAAACGUUCAAUUAGCCAAUAUGAUAUGCCCAUAAGUUAUUCCGAAGUUAAAAAUAAUGCUAGCACUCAAUGACUAAAAUUUCGGGAAAUAAUUUUCUGAUAAUUUUCAUACGCUUGCGGACAUUUAGUUAAGGUUCUGUAGUGCUGUACGCUUAUAAUUGAAGUACGCAAUGCGUCUAUGUGACAAUUCGAAUCCAAUAAGACGCGUGCAUUAAACUAAUAAAUUCUUAUCGACGUAAUCAAAACAUCAACAUUUAUAGAUACCGGUAAAUAUAUUUGUAAAAAGAAAAAACUUUGAAUUGUUUUAAAGUGUUUAUAUCAAGUGAGAAGUAUCCUUCAUAUGUGUUAUCCCUUUAAAAACAAAACACUUCAUGACUUCAUGGAUUGUUAUAUUAACAUUAAUUGUUAUAAUUAUAGUUAAUGAAAAAAUAACAAUUUUAACAAUUGUAUUUUGUUUAUACAAUACGGAACGUAUAUUGACAAGCUAUUUUGUUGUUUUAUAAUGGAUUUCUAAAAAUGAUGUUUUGAUUUUUACAUAUGUUACUCUUAUAUUGCUACGCUAAUUUGUUCUUUACAAUAAUGCUAGAUUAUCUUCAGGCUGAUGUAUAAAGGAUAUCACUUAUUACAUUUGUAUAUGUACGGUCGUCCAACCUUCUUAUAAUUUGGUAAAAAAUUAUAAUUUAUUUUCAUUAAGGUGAAUUAUUUCGAAACUGUAGACUGUGUUGUGCAAACUUAAAUCGUUAUUCACUACGUAUACUGUUCGUGACGAUAAUUCUAGCUGUAUGGUAACGUAUUAUUUUAACAACUUAUUUAACAAAAUAUACCCAAGAUUUGCAAUAACACAUUAUUAGCACAUUAUUGCAGAAAGUAAAAACACUAUGCAAAGGUAUAUUUGAUAAAUGUUGAGUUGUGUUUUAAAUUCAACAUGGAGGGGCGAAACAAGCAGCAUGUGAGUUCAAUUUGAGUUCUUUAUUUACGAAUGCUCUUAAUUUGUAAAUUUUUCAUAUCCACGAUCAUGUUGAAUUGAGUAUAUUGCCAUAUCAUUAAGUAGUUUCGAGAAUUUUAUAUUUAAAACAUGAUUAAGAAAGACAUUAACAAUCGCUUGCUGUCAGAAAUAUGUUGCUUAAUCAAUAUUAAAUACGCUGUUUUUGUUUUACACCUAUUUUUUUUCCUUAAAUCUAUCAAUUCAUUACAUCUUUAUUGUUUCAUUCAAUUAGUCAUAAAAUAUAAACGUUCUGUAACUAUGAUCUUAACAAUUUAAUUUUGCGGUUUAUCAUCACACACAUUAUGCAUAAAUUUAACUUAACAAUGUCUUCAAAACAUGUACAUGAUUGUAUAAUAAAGCAAAUAUGAAUGUGUACAAGUGUUUGCUUUAGUGAACAUUGUAGUGUUGUACAUAUUGCAUUAUCAUUUUAUUGUAUUUGCUUAUACUCGGCAGCAUAUUGAUUAAUCAACAUGAUAUGUUCCAGCACUGAUAAAAACACAUGAAUGAAUGUGGUUUAUUCGACGAUGACAGCAUCCAAGUAAAGCUGCAGUAGAUUGUUGUCAAAUGUAAUAAUGCUGUUAACGUAUAUGUUUUCAUUUUUAGCUAACUCUAUUUUGAGUGUGUGUAUGAUUUUAUCACUUUAUAUAUUGUAAUUUGUUCUUAAACACACAUAACAAUUUAAAAACAAUGAUACAUGUUCUUCUGUAAUGAUGAUACUAUGUUUUUAAUCAAAUAUUGAUUAAAAAAAAACACGAACGCUACGAACUUUAGCGUUACCAUCUUCAUUAAUGGAGAUUAUAUAUAUGUAUAAGUAGACACACUGAAUGAUAAUACCGCGUUUUUAGAAAGUGUAAUGCUUCAUAAUUUAUUAAUUAAGAACAGUUAUCGAUAUCGCAAUCAAAUAAUAUCAUAAGAGAAUUUACCUCUUCUAAAGGUUAUAAUUUCUCGAAAUGACGUUUUCAAUAAUAAGAUGUUAAAUACAUGCAAUCAUUACCCGUCAUUCCUUAUAUUUCAGCCGUUUUCUAGUUAUUGUACAAGUAACAAAGUAGAAUAUUUUUAUCUAAGUUUCAUUGUUUUAAAAUACAUAGUACAUAGUGGAUGUUGACAAAAAAUCUCUCACAAUUAGUGUUCCUUUCUUAAUCAGUAUAUCAGGCAUUGUCAAAUGAUUGAGACUUUGUGCUAUCAAAUGUAAUCAACGGAAUUUGAUUACCUGUAAACAAAUAAAAUAUAACCUGUAAAAAAUAUGGUUCUUCGUAAAAAAUAUUAUUUUAACAACGGUAAACUAGAAUCACUUAAAUUAUAAACUUAAGUACUUCAUUACAUUUCUCGAAGGUUAAUAAAAUUAUAUGAAUUGGAGCUUUAAAUAAAGGAAUGCUAAAUUCGCUGAUACAACUA